CUUAAACUUUUAGAUGUUUUUUAUAAGCUUUCACUUCAUAAAACUCCUUAUGAUUCGUAUAUAAAAGUAUUCAAAAGUAAAAAUUCGCUGUGAUGGCUGUUUAAAGUAUAUUUCUAUUUUUCUCGUUUUUUUUGUCUGUUUUUGUAUUAGUUUUUGGAGUCUGUUAAUUAAGUGACAUCUCUUGCACUGACAAUAGACCAAUAGUUUUUUUGUAUAAUUAAUUCUAGCCUCCUACAAGUCUUGUUGUGCAUAUAAAACAUGCAUACAACUUCAUCCAUAAGGAACCUAAUAUUAAUAUCAGAAGUUCCACAAGAAAUUCUUAAUCGACUUAUUUCUUAUCUCCGCAAUGAUGGUGAAAGUGGUUGGCGGACUUUGGUUUAUCAUCUGCAACAAAGGGAUCAUUUAUUCAGUGAGGAUGAGAUAAAUAGUUUCGAAACCAUCCAUGCCCCAACACUUGUAAUUGAGGGUUUGAAGAAACGAAACAAAACUGUUGAUUAUUUGUUGAGCUUCCUUCACCUACUACCAUGCAGAUGCGCGGCUGAGAAGCUUGCUAAUGAUUUGUGGAUGCUCGAAAAAUCUCAACAAAAAUUCAUGAGUACACCAAUGCCAGAAUGCAGCAAAUACUCAUCGGUUGGGCCAUCUUACGUACCCAAUGGUCACUCUACUCAUGCUCAACCAAACCAUCUUUUUGAUCAAGCCAUGUUUUCAAGUCUUAACAACCUAAAUAAACCUUCAAAGCCUUACAUCUCAAUUAUGAAGCAACCAACGCCCCAAUCAGUGAAAAUAGGUGAUGAUUUAAUGUUGGUUUGCAAGGCAGAAGGGGAUCCAGUACCAGUGCAUUACCAAUGGUACAAAGAUGGCCACAUGCUCCCAAAUCAAAACAAACAUGUACUAAUGAUUGGAGAAACUUUGCUUGAACAUCAGGGGUUUUAUUAUUGUCAUUUAAGGUCGCCCAACCCCCCUGCUGUUGAAAAACGCACAGAUGAAGUGUUUGUCAGUGUUGUUUUAGCACCUUCUGCAACUCCAUUCUGUGCCACAAACAAAGUUGCGUUAUUGAUUGCUAACGAGCAUUAUGCCCAUAAUCCAAGGUUACCUGCCACUAGUCAUGAUAUCAGAGCUUUAACAAAGAUAUUACAGGAGGACCUUGGUUUUAAAACUCUUUCGUUCACCAACUUAACUUACACAAACAUGAUGUCUGCAUUUAUUUUGUUCAAAGAUCUUGUUUCAUCAGGUUGCUACUGUGUGUUUUACUUUGGUGGACACGGAUAUGAAAAUGACGGCAAAUGCUUUCUGGUCCCCAUUGAAGCCCCUCCAGAUUAUCAAAAUCAUGAUUGUGUGCAAGCCCAGUCUGAGUUGGAAAAUGUGAAGCGACGUGGGGAUCCAAACCUUAUGCUCAUUCUGUUAGAUAUUUGUAGAAAAAGAAAUCCAAUGAAUCCAACCUCACAUCAAAGUAACGGAAGUUCGUUUGCAGAUAAAGUUGUUUUUGCUUAUGCAACCACAGAAAGUGCUGAAGCAUAUGAAAAAUAUGGGGAGAAACAUGGGAUAUUUGUUGACUCACUUCGUAAACAUCUAACUACCCCUAUAAGAGUGAACCACAUGUUAUCUGAUGUGCAGGAUGAGAUAAAGAAAAGCGACGUACAGAUUUCUGAGGUUAAAUCCACGCUGUCUGAAAAUCGCUGCCUCACUGAUAAAAUACAACUUAAUGAUGUCAAAGCUAUUAAAGCUUACAAGGAGGUUGAUAGGAUAUGGAACUCACUGCACUUCACCCCACUCCCUGUCCUGCUUAAGUUCGAAGCUUGCGAUGCCGAAGUCACGAUCAGUUUCACCAACAUUCUUACUAAUGCUGUGAAUAUCAGUGUUAAUGUUAUAAAGUGUGGGAAAGGUGUGGAAUGUAAACCUUUCAUCUGUACAAAUUAUUUUGGAAAUUUAGUAGUAUCGCAUUGCUCAUCCGAAUUUGAACCACAAUCUUGCCAAGUUUCAAACUUGGAGCAUUUGCAGGAACAUUUACCGGUUACUGUUGGUUUUCGAUACAAAUUCCCAUCAGAAGAGCAAUGGCAUCUAUUACGUUAUACUUAUUCAAUGCGAUUACCUUUUAUAAAGCUUUGGAAUGAUGCAAAACCAAAGAGAUCCUGAAUCUAUCAGAGGCAUUAUUGUUUUUAAAUUUACCUAGUUAUUAAUGUACUGGUUUAGUGGUUUAUAAGAUAUGUUACUAAUUUUGGUGCUAACUUAAAAACCAGGAGUGGUAUUAGCCGGAACGUAACGGAACACCAUUCCAAAUGCUCAAUAAACAUUUUUGGUUAUCAAAAUGGCAUAGUCGCAAGACAAAACUAGAUUACCUUAAUAUGAUUGCUUUGUUAUAGUAACUUACUUAUAGUUCUGGAUGUUUUGGUCCUAAAAAUUCAGUACUGGCUAUAACAUAUUCUAUAUUAACAACAAAAGUGUUGGCUGAGCCUCUAGUAGUUAUUAUACCUGUUUAAAACAAUUAAUUCCAGAUUUGCUCACUUUUAUUUAAACUUAUAAUUAUUGUAUAAUCUAAAUCCAUUCUUGCACAUAAGUCAUUAAUAUCUCAGUAGCGUGUCAACUUUUUUGCAACAGAUUUAAUCUUUCCUGAUUUCUUUUAUGAAUAGUAAUAGAUUUUGUAAAACUAAAUAAUGUUAUUUUUUUGUGAUGCAAACAAAAGACACAGUGAUGUAAAAGUCCAAAAGUGUAAUGAAUGACAAUUUGUAUUCUCUAAUGAUUUUAAAUUU